AUGUAUGAUAUGGAUACAUACUUGGGCCGCUCGCUCUACUUUCUCUCUUCCAUCAAUCCUCUUCUCUGCCUUGAGACGGAGCGCUCACUGAUGAAGUCGCGACUUCUCCUUGACCGCGUUGCCGCUGGUGAGAAGGUGUCUGCGAGUGACAAGGAACUAUGGAAGGCCCGCAUGGCUGUUGAGAACUGUAUUCACCCCACCUCUGGUGAAGUGCUCUUCCCUCUCUUCCGUAUGUGUGCGUUUCUCCCCAUGAACAGUUUCAUCGUUCCUUUCAUGAUGACCCCUGGAACUAUUAACAGCGUCCCCCGCACCAUCUUUAUUCAGUGGUUUAAUCAAAGUUACAACAGUGCGGUGAACUACGCCAACCGCUCCUCCGACAAACAGCCAAUGGGUGAGUUGGUGAAGGCCUACACUGCGGCCGUUGGUAUCUCCGUCUCUGGUGCAUUAGGGGCUACCAUGAUGCUCAAGCGUGUGCGGGGCGGUACUCUGCAGGCCACCAUCAUUCGCGCCUCACUUCCGUUUCUCGCCGUCUCUGCGGCCUCCAUUGCGAAUCUCGCGUUGAUGCGCAAGAAUGAGUGGAUGUCGUCCGGCUCUGGACUGAAGGUUGUGGAUGAGGACGGCGAGGUGCGGGGAUACAGCAAGGCGGCGGGAUUCAACAGUCUGCUGAAGUGCUCCGUCACUCGGGUGGUGUGGAAUAUUCCCUCCAUGGUGCUGCCAACACUUCUGAUGGCACCACUCACCGCACGGGUGGCCUUCGCGCGUGGAUAUCCAAUUCUCACAGAGACGGCACUGCAGAUUGCCGGUCUCGGCAUUGGCGUGCCAUUCGCAUUGGGUGCUUUCAGCACAACAGUGCACAUUCCCGCAACGAGGUUGGAGCCGGAGUUCCAUGGACUGAAGCGCAAGGAUGGAUCUCCAGUGGAGAUGUUCACAUACUACAAGGGUCUGUAG